UGAAUUUGCGCGGGGUUCAGUGUUGCUAUGGUCGUGUGUCCGGAAAUCCUCGAUAAAAGAUUCUCUGGAAAGCUUCACCUCGGAAACUGAAGUCAUGUCCAAGAGAGACGCGUUUCUGGAGGCUGCGUGUGAGGAGCGUGUGGAGCAGUUCCUUCAUUUCAUCCAGUUACACAAGGACAAAGCGGAGCCCUUCGAUGUGGAGGAGGUGGUGCAGGAGAUGCCCAGAGACCAGAGGGAGGCUCUGUGGGGAAGACUGGAUUCGCUCCUUCAACACUUCCUGCAGGAGUUACCUCCCGAGCGCUGGGAGGAGGCCAGGGAGGAGGGUGGAGGAGAAGUGGAGUUAGCUGUAGACCCUAAACAUGUCAUGGCUGUAGUGGAUGGUGUCGCUCUGGUGGCUUCAGCGUCUUUAAUGGUUUUACAAGAUGGUGACACCUACCAGGCUCUUCUGAAAGUUGCUCACAAACUUCACACUGUUCUGGUGUCCCUGCCUGUCUCCGAGGCUCCUUUGCAGCUCCAUAUCCACACCCUCUGCGAGGCUUGGUGGAAGAAGGGGCUGAAAGAGAGAGAACAGUUUGGCAGCACCGCUUUUCUCCUCUCUCUGCAGAAAAGUCUCAUAGUGAAGAAACCGGGUGUUGCGAUCCAACGACUCUGGGGUCUCCACGAUGUGCUUCUCAGUCUGGACUACACAUCGGAAGACAACAAGCAAAUCGUCGACUUGUUGCUUCAGUUUUUUCACCGUCCUGUUUACAUGAGAAAUGACGACGGGAAGCGGUUCCUGGUGUUUCUUUUCAGCUGGAACGUGGACUUCAUCUGGGUUAUUCAUGGCACCAUCAAAAACCAGCUGGAGUUUUAUAGCAAAACCGUGACGACUCACAUCUCGGAGAUCUACUUCAGAGCGUGGAAGAAGGCUACUGGCGACUUCUUGGAGCAGAUUGAGAUCUUGUGCAUUCAGGAUUUCAUGCAGUGUGCCAUCCUCCUUCACAGAACCUCUCCUGUCCAUGCCAAAGUCCGACAGAUUGUGAGCUACUUCAACACAAGGAAGGGCUGCAACAAAGUGGACACGAUGCUCCACAAUCUCUACAAGCCUAUCCUCUGGAAAUCUUUAAAUGCUCCGAACUUUGAGGUACGUGCAAAUGCCACUCUGCUUUUCACCGAGGCCUUCCCAGUGCACAACCCCGAUAAGACCAAUGAGCACAUAGAUGACACCAUUCAAAGGCAGUUGGACACAAUAAUGGCCCUCCUCGAAGACCCUCACCCCACCGUGCGCACAAACGCCACCCUGGGAGUGUGUAAGAUCCUGGCUAAAUGCUGGGAGCUAUUCCCUCCCACGGUUAUCACCGACUUCCUAAAGAAGCUGGUGAACGAGAUGUCAGUGGACUCCAGUUCCCCCGAUGUCCGUUGUUCAGUCUUCAAAUGUCUGACCAUCGUCCUGGACAAUGGUCUCAGCCAUCCGCUGCUGGAAAAACUCCUGCCCACUCUCAAGAACAGCCUUCACGACAACUCGGAGAAAGUCCGCACCGCGUUCCUCGACAUGCUGCUCAAGGUCAAGGCAGUGCGAGCGGCCAAGUUCUGGGACGUGAGCAGCAUGGACCACCUGCUGGCCCGUCUGGCCAUCGAUUCCCAGUCGGUCUCCAAGCGUAUCGUCGAUCUGCUCUUUAAGUCCUUCUUCCCCGUCAACGAGACGGACCGGGAGUGGUGCUGUCGGUGCGUCACCCUCAUCCAGAUGAACCCCAUGGCUGCCAGGAAGUUCUACCAGCACACUUACAGACACACUGCCCCAACUAACAUAAUAAAGAUGAUGUUGGCCAUUCGCCGUGUGCUGAACAUCUGUAUCCAGACUGACUUUGACGUGACUGAGAUUGACGAGAGCAUCAGGGAGAACAGCCCACAGGCUGCACCUGUAGUUUUGGGGAAGGACAUGGCUGUUGUGUCAGGUCUGCUGGAGGUCGUGGUCAUCCUGUGGAGAAGUGUCGAGAAGGCCCUGAAACAGAACAAAGAGGCCCAGCAGUACACGGUUGCCAAGUUUGGAAAUGUCAUGCCCAAAUAUUUCCAGAUCUUUGAGGAUGAGCGUUGCAUCGUUCCUCUCAUACAGCUGGCCUCGUUUAUGCCCCCAGCUGCAGUUCCAACAUUCAGUUGUAGCGUGUUGUCCAGGCUGAAGAAGUUGGAACCAGGAGCUGUGCCAGCGCAGUACAGCCAGCUGUUAGACUGCAUGUGCAGCUGGGGUCAGGCCCGUGACAUCCUCGAGCUCGUCUCUGAAUGGCUCACUGACGCUCUGCCAAAACAAAAGGAAAAAGCUAAUGCCAGUCGAAAGGUGCGUAUCCAGGAGACGGUGGAGGCCAAACCCGACCUGGCACUGGUUUACCUGGAGUACUUGUUCAGCCACACCUCCACACGACAGGAAGUCAUGGCGCUGGGUCCUAAACCACUGAAUCAGCUCCUCACAGUUCUGGGUAACUGGAAGUCGGUGCUGCACACUCACCUCAGCUCCCCUGCAGACGAUCAACCAAGGCCCAGUUUGGAGACUGCACUGAAAGCCUUCCUGCUCCACGGCCGCCUCGGUGCACAUCUGCAACAUAAUGCCUCGGAGGGUCGCGACUACCUGCUCUCCCUGCAGCACACGGCAGCGUGGGUGGUAAAAAGGGUGUUACCCUUCUUGACCAACAGUACCAACAAUGACGAGGAGGAUACAGAGAAGUCACAGCCGCUUGCCGCAGAGAUAACUGAGAACUUCCUGACAGUGUGUCGUGAUGUUUUGCUCGUGGGUUUGGGCGACGAAGAGUUCAAGGGUCAAAUCCUCCACCUCUGCUCGCUCGUCCUUCUCUCAGAGGCCGGCUUCCUCUGUAUUCCUGCUGUGUUGCCAAUUUUGAAGGAGGUGGCAGCCAGUUAUGUGCCUGAAGACAACCAACAGGAUCAGGAAAACCAGGAGGAUCCAACCACUGUCAUUCUGGGUGUGGUGGCCAACAUCUUCCAGAAGGUCAUAGAGCUCUUAGCUCGCCGCCUGAGGAAGGAACCAGAGGAGGGGAAACAGCUGUGUCAGUCAGCUAAGCCUGGUCUGACAGAUUUCCUCCAGGUGGCCCAAACCUGUGACACGGCUCCUCUCAUCGGGGUCUUUUCCACGGUGUUUGCUGUCAUCAUUGUGGAGAUGAGACAUUUGAUCCAGAAGAUUACACGUCGUGAAGAGGUGAUCACCCCAGAGUCAGUGGAGGACAUGCCUCCUCUGUCCAGCGUCUUGCUGUCUGUCGUCCUCAAGUCGUCGGCUGUUAGCAGGGCGUUCUUGACGGAGGUCAGCUCAUCUCUGGAGUCCGAGGCCAUCAGUAGUUUGUAUGAACUGACUGCCGUCCUGCACGUCUUGUCCGUCAUCAAACAAACGGGACAGAGUAAAGCGGGCCUGAAGAGCGCAGCCACAUCUGUGCAGCAGCAGCUUCACAAACACGCAGUCCCAUCUUCAGACAGUGAAGACAUCCAGGGGAUUAUUUUUGAAUCUUCUGUGAAGACCCUAAAUGAAAUUCUGGAUUUAUAAGUCUCCUUAUUAAACAAAGGACCUAUGUUGUAUAUGAUACACUUGCAUUUUAUCAAGCAGAGAAGGAGAGUCUAACACCAGCUUUUUUCUUUUAGCAUAACAGACUUAUUGUUGUUGGCAGACUAAAAUCCCAGGAAGCACAAUUUCAUAUUCACUGACCUGGAUUUUAAGAAAAUAUGCUGUUGAUUCAAAUCUAAAUUCUGGGGACAAAAUGCAGGUCCGUCCCCAUAUUUGUCCACAGCUCCGUGUUUAUUUAUUUCCUGUUAUACACAUCACGCAAAUCUCAAAGCUCCAAACCACCAAAUUAGGUUUAUCGAGAGGCAUUCUCUCUUAUAGCUUUCCCUCUGCACCGCUCUGUGCUCCACUUCCAUUUUUUAAUAAAAUUUCAUAUGAAAUACAUGUAUAUUUUUCAUGCAUCUGUGUGUAUAUAAAUGUACAUGUGUUGGUCUAUUUGCAUCGUAGGCUGUAGUGUGUUUUCAAAAUAAAGCCGACUAUAUCAUCCACA